UAGCCCUUCCCUUCGUGCCUGUGUAAUGAAGCACAUGCGCACUGAAUUAAUCACAGCCAUUUUUUGCAGGAAACUAAUUAGCAGGAAUAAAGAUCCAAAGAGUUUUUUUCUUUUCAAUCAUCAGAUCUCACUUUCACCUCUUCCUCGCUCCCUCUAACACAAGACUCAUCGCCUGCUUUGCAUCCAAAUUAUUUUUAUAUUGCCUUUAACAACUAAUAGUACCUACUUCGUUUUUUUACACUCCGCAACAACAAUGAUCUUUCUUUUGCCAUCCUAAGCGCAAACUGACCAAAAGGGGACUGCCUUGAUGGGAUCUUUAGCUAAAUCAUCUCAAUACUGGAUUAAAAAGCGAGGAUCACAAAGCGGCAGCGAGAAAUUGCCUGGAUGCGAUGAGCGCCUCAUGUAGGCAUCAGCAUGGACAGCUGUGAGUCUCCCGUGGUUUCUGGGACAGACAUGGGCUCGGCUCCUCCACCACCUCCCAGCAGCAGCAGCAGCAGCAGCAGCAGCAACCACCAAGCCUGGAACGAUCACUCUAGCUCAAAGGUCCCUUACAAACAGGCCCCUUCCCUGGACCCCCUGUCUCUCUCGGCUCCCUACCCUUCUCAGCCCCAAAACCCCAGUGCGACUCAUGAGGGGGUGAGAGAGCCACAGCCCCCAGCAGCAGCACAGCAGCCAAACAAGACAUCACCCCAGGCCCUUAGUGACAGCUCUGCACGCCAGCUGCACCCCAGAGGAGACGGCCUUGAGGAAGAGGAGCAAGAUAAGUGAGCUUUUGGCGAGGAGGAAGAAUCAGAGGACUUGGAUGAAAUGGAAUUGACAGCUGUUUUCCCAAGUCUUCAGCCCUUCCCGGGGGUGCCCAUGACUCCAGGGGGAGGAGCAAUGCCCACUCUUCUGCGGCAGCAACCUACACGACAGCGUGGGUACAGCUGAGAGUGGGAGUGAGGAGGAGAGGAGGAGGAGGAGGAAGAGGAGAGUAGUGAUGUGGAGAACCUGGCUGGAGAGAUAGUCUACCAGCCAGAUGGCUGCUACAUUGUAGAGAGCCUCAGUCAGUUGAUCCAAAGGGGUGGGGGCACGAACCCUGGCCUGCUCCCACAAACUCUCUCACCAGUGGGGGAAACCGGGGAACCUGCUGGGACCUCAUCCUCAGUCUACCCUCAGAUCAUCAACACUUUCCACAUAGCCUCGUCCUUCGGGAAGUGGUUUGGCAAUUCAGACCAAGGUUUCCCCAAUACCUCAACCCUGGCAGGCCUCAGUCCUGUCCUGCACAGUUUCCGUGUCUUCGAUGUGCGGCACAAAAGCAACAAGGAUUACCUGAACAGCGACGGGUCUGCCAAGAAGUCCUGCGUAUCCAAAGAUGUUCCCAACAACGUGGAUUUCUCCAAAUUUGAUGGGCUGGCCCUCUACGGAAAGGGUAAGCCCAUUCUCAUGUGUUUUCUCUGCAAGCUGUCCUUUGGCUAUGCGCGCUCUUUUGCCACUCACGCCGUCCACGAUCACCGUAUGACAUUGUGUGAAGACGAGCGGCGGCUGUUGGGGGACAAGCAUGCAUCUGCCAUCAUCCAGGGCAUUGGGAAGGACAAAGAGCCCCUCAUCAGUUUCCUGGAACCAAAAAACAAGAGCUCUCCUCCACCACCCUCCCUGCUCCCCAUUAACUCUGGCCAGAGCUUCUAUGGCACGUUUAGUGGUGUCCACCUGGAAUCUGGAAACGGCAAUGGGGGCAGCGAGGCCCUCCUGAACAAAGAUGCUGACUCUGGCCUCCAGCAGCAGCAACAGCAGCAAACCCCACUGGGCUCAGUCCUCUCAAUUGGAGGCCUGGGCAUUCCCAAAGCACCCACUCUUACCUCAACCCCAGGCCCUGCCAAAGACUCCAGCGCCCUGCCCAAACAGGGAGGGAGAACAGAGGGGCCUGCUGGGAAAGAGGGGGCUUGCAAGGGGGAGGACGGGAACACAGAGGGACAUGAAAGUAAGGCACACCUGUCAGGCCAGAUGGGGGGUUUGGAGGAGGAAGAGGAACUGUUAGCGGAGGAGGAAGAUGGCAGAGGCACUGCAGUGGCCCGUAGUGGUAACAGUAGCAGCGGCGGGGUUGAAGUGGGGGAACCGGCUGUCUCAAACCAAAGCAUUUCCAAAUCUCCUUUAUUAAUGCCUAGUAGCGCUCUCCAGCCUUCUGCCUGCACCUCUGCAGUCAGUUCCACAGUCAACAGCAAAGCCCCAACUUCCACUUCUUCUGUCAAGGAAGAGGGUUUGGCUGCAGAUGGUGGGGGGAGGACCUCAGAGCUCCCUCUGAGCUUUAACUGCCAGGGGCCCACUGUCCCUAUGGCAAUGGCGGCAGCCGCCGUCAGAGGGAGCGAGGAUGACACUGCUGGCACUUCCUCCUCGCCUCUGUCCUCCAACGCUGCCGCUGAUGAAAGUGCCAAUCGAGAUAGUGCCACAGCUCCAGAACCAAAUGAUUGCCCGGCAGAGGGAGAGGAGGAAAACGGGGCCCUUCUGCACCAUCACCACAUGCACCACCAUCACCAUCACCUCCACACUUCAUCCCAUGCCCACUCCCACCCCCUCGCAGGGGCCUCUUGUGACAUGACGGGGAUGGGCGAGUGUUCCCAGAACCACGGUCCUGGUGGCAGCGGAGGAAGUGGGGUAGAAUGCCCCAAAUGUGACACCGUUCUGGGUUCUUCACGUUCUCUGGGUGGUCACAUGACUAUGAUGCACUCACGCAACUCAUGCAAGACACUCAAGUGUCCCAAGUGCAACUGGCAUUACAAGUACCAGCAGACAUUGGAGGCCCACAUGAAAGAGAAGCAUCCAGACUCUGGAGGCUCCUGUGCGUACUGCAGCAGUGGCCAGAGCCACCCUCGUCUGGCUCGUGGAGAGAGCUAUACCUGUGGAUAUAAGCCCUUCCGUUGUGAGGUGUGUAACUAUUCGACCACCACAAAGGGCAACCUGAGCAUCCACAUGCAGUCGGACAAGCACCUGAACAACAUGCAGACGCUGCAGAACGGAGGCUCCAUCGGAUCUGCCCAGGAGCAGGUGUUUGGGCAUGCCCCAGGAGGAGUGGUGGCGGUCCCCUCUGUGACCCAGGCCAGCAGCCACCACCCUACUCACCACCACCCUACGCAGUCCUCCACCCAUAUGGCAGGACCGUGUGGGGCCCCCUCGCCCACCAAGCCAAAAAGCAAACCCACUUGGCGGUGCGAGGUAUGUGACUAUGAGACCAACGUGGCACGGAACCUUCGUAUCCAUAUGACCAGCGAGAAGCACAUGCACAAUAUGAUGCUCCUCCAGCAGAACGUGACCCAGAUGCAGCAUGGCCGACUGGGCCUGGGUGCUAUGCCCUCGCUCGAGGCUGAGCUCUACCAAUACUACCUGACCCAGAACAUGACCCUUCCCCCGGGUCAGAUGGAUCCUGCUGGAGCUGAUGCCCAGUUUCUGAUGGGGAGCUUCCACCUGGAUCCCAACAUGGCCGCCCUGGCUCCUGCGCUAGUAGGGGGAGAUCCCCAUGGACGUGCGACUGGCGGAGGGCAGUUGGUGUCCGAAGAGCUGAUGACCCUCGGGGAGAGCCUGUCACAAACCAGCGACCCCUCGCUCAAGCUCUUUCAGUGCGCUGUGUGUAAUCACUUCACCACUGAUAACCUGGAUGUGCUCGGCAUGCAUAUGGGAGCUGAACGCAGCCUACAAGAGGAGUGGCGGGCUGUGGUGGGCGACUCUCACCAGUGCAAGCUGUGCCGCUACACCACCCAGCUCAAGGCCAACUUCCAACUGCACUGCAAGACAGACAAGCACGUGCAAAAGUACCAGCUGGUAGCCCACAUCAAAGAAGGGGGCAAGGGGAAUGAGUGGCGUCUGAUUGUGGCCAUCGGCAAUCCGGUGCACCUGAAGUGCAAUGCCUGCGACUACUACACUAACAGCCUGGAGAAGCUGAGGAUGCACACUGUCAAUUCGCAUGAGGCUAGCCUCAAACUCUACAAGCACCUGCAGCAGCAUGAGAACGCGGUGGAGGGCGAUGCCUGCUACUACCACUGUGUGCUGUGCAACUACUCGACCAAGGCCAAGCUCAACCUGAUCCAGCACGUGCGCUCCAUGAAGCACCAGCGCAGCGAGAGCCUCAGGAAGCUCCAGCGCCUGCAGAAGGGCCUGCCGGAGGACGAGGACGACCUCAGCUCCAUCUUCACCAUUCGCAAAUGCCCCUCGUCAGAUACAGGAGAGCUGAGCGAGGAUGUGGAGGCUGCUAGUGAGACCACCACAGACCAGGAGGACCAAACCAAAGACAGAGAGAGUGGGGGGGAGAAGGAGCUCACCAAAGGGACAGUGUCCAGCCAUUUGGAAAGGCACCAGGCAGAUUCCCCAAUCCCCUCCAAAAGGCCCUCUUCACGGUCCGAGACCUCGGAGAGCCCACUCAGCUCAAAGCGUCCCAGGACGGCCGAGAAGAGUGCUGAGCAGAUGUACCAGUGCCCUUACUGCAAGUUUACCAACUCGGACCUGAACCGUCUCAGAAUGCAUGUAAUGACGCAGCACUCUGUCCAGCCCAUGUUUCGCUGCCCACUCUGCCAGGACAUGCUCAACAACAAGAUCCACCUUCAGUUCCACCUCACACACCUCCACAGUGUGGCGCCUGACUGUGUUGAUAAGCUUAUCGCCACAGUGACAGCAACUGAAGUGCUGCCAGCAAGCAUGUUCUUACCUGUACCGGGUCCAGACAGAGAGGCCCAGAGUACCCCCCAAGCCACAGUUAACUCUAACUCUGAGGAUACAAAGAAGCAAACAGAUGUAUCCGAUGCUGAUCCAGACAAGGGGGUGUCACUUCAAACAGAUACAGGUGAAGCUCGUAAGUCACCUUUGGAGGAUCAACAGCAAGAGAGGGAUGAUGCCACAGGAUUCCUGUGCUGGAAGAAAGGCUGUAACCAAGUCUUCAAAUCCUCCAACUCUCUCCAGAUACACUUCAAUGAAGUUCACAACAAAAGGCCCCAGUUGCCUGUUUCAGAUCGCCAUGUCUACAAGUACCGUUGCAACCAAUGCAGCCUGGCCUUCAAGACUGUGGAGAAGUUACAGCUCCAUUCACAAUAUCAUGUGAUCAGGGCAGCUACCAUGUGCUGCCUCUGCCAGCGAAGCUUCAGAACACUACAAGCCUUGAAGAAACAUUUGGAAACCAGCCACCUGGAGCUCAGUGAAGCUGAUAUACAGCAGCUGUAUGGGGGCCUAUUGAUGAAUGGAGACAUCAUGGUCAUGGGUGACCCAUCCCUUGGUGAGGAGCAUGGAAGCCUGGGAGAAGAUGACAAAGAGGGAGAGGAUAGUGAUCCAGAGGAAAAACAAAGCCCAACAGGUAGUGACUCAGGCUCAGUGCUGGAAGAUUCUGGAUCUGAACCAAAACGUGCUCUGCCAUUUAGAAAGGGCCCAAAUUUUACAAUGGAGAAGUUCUUGGAUCCAUCUCGUCCUUUCAAGUGCACUGUAUGCAAAGAGUCCUUUACACAGAAGAACAUUCUUCUGGUUCACUAUAACUCUGUCUCCCACCUCCAUAAGGUGAAGAGGGCCCUUCAGGAGUCUACCACUGGGCAACCUGAGCCUACCAGCAGCCCUGACAACAAGCCGUUCAAGUGCAGCACUUGUAAUGUGGCAUAUAGCCAGAGUUCUACUCUAGAAAUACAUAUGCGCUCUGUUCUACACCAGACUAAAGCUAGGGCAGCCAAACUUGAAGCAGCAGGAGGGAGUACUAGCUCUGGGAGUGCUACUGGUUUGAGUGGUGGGGGACCCAGCAUAAGCACUUCAACACCCAGCCCAAGCCCAGCUACCAACUCAACUACUAGCUCUAGCAACCACAGUACAUCUGGGUCUCAGACAGCUCAGAGUGUUCUUGGAGGCAAUCACAUGAGCCAGUCUCACAGCAUUGAAAAUCUGGGAAAUUCUUCAGUUAGCUGUCAUUCUUCGCCAUCUGAGAAUCAUGAAGUAAAAAAGAAGAAAUUUGCAGACAUUCUGUCUGCUAGAGGGCAACAGCAGCAGUUUCAGCAACAACAGCAGUUGGCUCAGGCCCAGGCCCAAGCUCAAGCCCAGCUUCAACAAGAGCUACAGCAGCAGGCUGCUCUUAUACAAUCACAGCUCUUCAACCCAGCACUUUUGCAGCACUUCCCCAUGACAACUGAUGCGCUUCUUCCUCUGCAACAACAGCAGUUGCUGUUCCCUUUUUACAUCCCUGGAGCAGAAUUUCAGCUGAACCCAGAGAUUAACAUCAAUAGCUCAGCACUUGGUCUCGCAGGGUCUUCCACCUCCUCCCUGCUAGAGGACCUAAAGAACUCAGCCCAGCAGGCCCAGCAGAGCUGCCUACAACAGCAAUUGAUGCACCACCACCUUCAGCAGCAACAUCAACAACAACAGCAGCAGCAGCAACAGCAGCAGCAGCAACAGCAGCAGCAGCAGCAGCAGCCCCACUCACAGGCCCAGGGGCAGAUGGCAUUACUGCAACAGAGUGCCUCUCUCCUCCAGCAGGCUGAAAAAAAGCAGAAGCCUCCUGCCUCUCAGAGUGAAAAAGACAGGGAAAUGCAAAGAGAUAAAGAAACAAGCGAUAAAACUGAGGAACAUGUCAAUAAAGAUGCUACAGAUAACAAGCCAAAAGAAAAGAAGGACAUGCAGCAGAUUUCAAUUAAUACAAAUCAUGAUCCUGGAUUGCCUCCACCAAGGAUUGCUUCAGAUGCUCGUGGAAAUGCAACUAAAGCCCUCCUGGAGAAUUUUGGGUUUGAGUUAGUAAUUCAAUACAAUGAAAACAAGCAGAAAGCUCAGAAAAAGGCAGCUGGGACUGGACCUACAGGAUCAAGUGGUCCAGGUGGGAUAACAAGAGUUGUGGACCCCAUUGAGGGAUUAGAGAAGCUGGAAUGUGAAGCCUGUGGCAAGCUGUUUUCAAACAUACUGAUUCUAAAGAGUCACCAGGAGCAUAUCCACCAGGCCUUCUUUCCAUUCCGAUCCCUUGAGAGAUUUGCUAAGGAAUACAGAGAGCAGUAUGAUAAACUCUAUCCACUGAGACCCCCUACACCAGAGGCUGCACCUGCUCCUCCACCACCACCUCCUCCUCCUCCUCCUCCUCCACCUCCACCACAGAGAGCACCCACACCAAAUAUUCCUGUCUCGGCUGCCUCGCUCACACCUCCGACUGUACCUACCCCACAGCCUCCAGUUCCAAUGGCACAAAUUCCCAUGCCAAUGGAUCUGCCUCUCUUCUCACCACUCAUGAUGCAGCCAAUGUCUCUACCAUCUUUGCCUUCUCAGUUGCCUCCGCAGUUACCGUCUGUUGAGCCAGGCCUGGCCUCAGAUCUGGCCCAGCUCUAUCAACAACAGCUUACACCAGCCAUGUUACAGCAACAGCAGAACAAGAGGCCACGGACACGUAUCACAGAUGACCAGCUUAGGGUCCUGCGACAAUACUUUGACAUCAACAAUUCACCCAAUGAGGAUCAGAUUAAAGAAAUGGCAGACAAAUCAGGGCUGCCUCAAAAAGUCAUAAAGCACUGGUUUAGAAACACCCUAUUCAAAGAGCGCCAGCGCAACAAAGACUCACCAUACAAUUUCAAUAAUCCACCAAUAACUACUCUUGAAGAUACCAAAAUUGACUCUAAGCCUCCUUCCCCUGAGCCCCAAAAACAAGAAUGCUAUGGAAGCAAGAGGUCAUCCAGAACUCGGUUUACUGACUACCAGCUGAGAGUACUUCAAGACUUCUUUGAUGCCAAUGCUUAUCCUAAAGAUGAUGAGUUUGAGCAGCUCUCCAAUCUUCUGAGCCUCCCCACUCGUGUUAUUGUGGUCUGGUUCCAGAAUGCUCGCCAGAAAGCAAGAAAGAAUUAUGAAAACCAGGGUGAUGGGGGAAAAGACGGUGAACGGCGAGAGUUGUCAAAUGACCGCUACAUUCGCACCACCAAUCUGAAUUACCAGUGCAAGAAAUGCAGUCUGGUUUUCCAGCGUAUAUUUGAUCUAAUAAAACAUCAAAAGAAGCUGUGUUACAAAGAUGAAGAUGAGGAUGGACAGUAUGACAGCCAAAAUGAAGAUUCAAUGGAUCUUUCACAUGAAUAUUAUACCCCUUCUGGGUCUUCCUGUCACACCCCAAUGCCCUCCUCCUCAAGUCUCUGCCCCCUGCCACCCUCUACAUCAGCAUUCUCACACCUCUCAUCUGCUGAGAAAGAGGAAGCAUCACCAGCCAAUACCUCAAACUCUUACGAUGAGAAGCCCAAACAAUUACCAGAAGUGUCUGCUGAUCCACGUGAAAACCAAACUUCUAUUAAACAGGAGAUUGUGCAUCAGCCCCAAACUGAAACGCAGCACCAUAGACCUCAGCGAGAAGAGAAGACUCAAACAGUUUCCAAGGCCAUUAAACAUGCUUCUCCCUCCUUCUCUCAGCCACAGCAGCAGUGUGGUCCCUCAGCCUCUCAGACAAGCCAGGCUUCCUCUCAGAGCUCUCACAUGAGCCUCAACCCUCACUUGACCUCUGCCUCACAACAACUGGCGCAGCAGAUGAUCCCUUACCAGUGUGAGCAGUGCAAGGUUGGCUUUCCCUCCUUUGAACACUGGCAGGAACAUCAGCAACUGCACUUCCUCUCUGUUCAGAAUCAAUUCAUCCACCCUCAAUUCCUUGACCGCCCAAUGGACAUGCCUUUCAUGCUAUUUGAUCCCAGCAAUCCUCUCUUGGCAAGCCAGCUACUCUCUGGGGCAAUGCCACAGAUUCCUAGCAGUUCUGCCACCUCUCCAUCCACACCCACCUCCACCAUGAACUCCUUGAAGAGGAAGCUGGAAGAGAAAGCUGGCACCAGCCCAGGAGAGAAUGAUAGCACAAACAGUGGAGAGGAGCCGCAGAGAGACAAAAGGCUCAGAACCACCAUCACACCUGAGCAGCUGGAGAUCCUGUACCAGAAGUAUUUAUUAGAUUCAAAUCCCACACGAAAAAUGCUUGACCAUAUAGCUCAUGAAGUGGGACUAAAAAAGAGGGUAGUGCAAGUCUGGUUCCAAAAUACGAGAGCCAGGGAGAGAAAAGGACAGUUUAGGGCAGUAGGGCCAGCUCAAGCUCAUCGUAGAUGUCCUUUUUGUCGGGCUCUUUUCAAAGCAAAAACUGCUCUCGAGGCACAUAUUCGCUCUCGUCAUUGGCAUGAAGCCAAACGUGCUGGCUACAAUCUAACUCUCGCUGGUAUGUUACCUGAACAGGAGGGGAUACAAAUGAAAAUUGAUGCUCUAGAUAUAUCAAGCUAUGCCCAGCUCGCCCCCACUAACAAUGAUGGACAAAGCUCCUCCUUGUCACCAGUGAACAAAAGCAUGGAUAUGUCUCCCAGGGCUUUACUUAGCCCAUCAUCUAUUAAAGUUGAGGGAAUGGAAGACUUUGAGAGCCCAACCAUGUCUUCUGUAAACCUCAGCUUCGAUCAGAGUAAACUUGAUAACGAUGACUGUUCUUCUGUGAAUACAGCCAUCACAGACACAACCACUGGUGAUGAGGCUAAUGUUGAUAAUGACAGUGCUGAUGCGAAGCAUGGUCACAACAGUGGCGAUUACCUGUCUAAGUCUGGGGGCACCGCUGCCUCCCUUGAAAAUGAUGACCAGAUGUCCUCAGGGUUGGUGAGCCCUGCAACAAGCUAUUACGCUAAAGACUUUGAAAAUGAAAAUCUGAUUGACUACAGUGAGACCUCCAGCCUUGCUGACCCCUGCUCACCAAGUCCUGGAGCUUCAGGCAGCAGGAGCGUUGACAGUGGAGACCGUCCUGGCCAAAAGCGCUUCCGAACUCAGAUGACAAACCUCCAGUUGAAAGUGCUGAAAUCCUGUUUUAAUGACUAUAGGACUCCUACUAUGCUGGAAUGUGAGGUACUUGGCAAUGACAUUGGACUUCCAAAGAGAGUGGUUCAGGUGUGGUUUCAAAACGCCCGUGCCAAGGAGAAAAAGGCUAAGCUCAGCAUGGCCAAGCACUUCGGAAUAAACCAGACAUCCUAUGAGGGGCCCAAGACAGAAUGCACUUUGUGCGGUGUCAAAUAUAGUGCUCGCCUCUCUGUUCGAGAUCACAUUUUCUCCCAGCAGCACAUCUCUAAGGUGAAGGAUACCAUUGGGAGCCAGUUAGAUAAGGAAAAAGAAUACUUUGACCCAGCCACAGUCCGCCAACUUAUGGCCCAACAAGAGAUGGACCGCAUUAAGAAGGCCAAUGAAGUUUUAGGACUGGCGCAGCAGCAAGCCAUGCAGCAGCAGGGGAUGUUUGAUAACCCUGCAAUGCAGGCUCUGAACCUACAGUCAGCCUAUCCAAAUCUGCAAGGGAUCCCCCCUGUCCUUUUGCCAGGGGUUGGCAACCCCUCCCUUCCCAGCUUUAACUCAUCUAAUUCAGCUUUAACUCCUCCAAAACCUCCAAACCUCCUGAACAUGCCUGGUGCCAGUGUUCCCUCACCUAGUCUCCCUACAUCUGGAUUACCCAGCAAGCCUCCCUCCUCAUCCUCCUUGGCCUCAUCCAGCCCAGCCCAGACCAGCACGUCUGUUUCCCACUCAAGCCCCACCUCCACCUCAAUAUCCACUUCCUCAACCGCCCAGUCCGGCUCCCGGCCUGAACCCCCCAAAGAGCGUGAUGCAGAAAGGUUAAGAGAGAAGGAGAAGCCCAAGGAAAAGGCAGAGAAGCCCCCAACCCCGUCUUCAACAGGAAGCACCCCAGCUCCUUCCACUUCUGCUGCCAGCGCCAAGAAGGAGAAACCAGACACAGCUGUGCCUGCCACCUCUAUGCCCACACCCGGCAUGGAGUAUGUGGUAGACCCUGCCCAGCUUCAGGCCCUGCAGGCUGCUUUGGCAUCAGACCCCACAGCUCUCCUCACAAGUCAGUUCCUGCCCUACUUCAUGCCUGGCUUUUCGCCAUACUAUGCCCCUCAGAUACCUGGGGCUCUCCAAGGAGGCUACCUACAGCCAAUGUAUGGCAUGGAAAGCCUCUUCCCCUACAACCCAACAUUGUCACAAGCACUGAUGGGCCUGUCCCCAGGGUCCCUGCUGCAGCAUUACCAGCAAUAUCAGCAGAGCUUGCAGGAGGCACUACAGCAGCAACAGCGGCAGCUUCAGCAGAUCCAGCAACCCAAAGCGAGCCAAACUGCAGUUCCCCCUCAACCCUCGGGGGAUCGCAAAGAAUCUGCCAAAGAUCCAGUGAAAACAGAGGAGCAAAAAGGCAACCCCCAUAGCGAAUCCUCUUCCUCCUCCUCCUCCUCCUCCUCCUCUCACAAUAAACUCCCCUCCGAGCAGAACGAGAUGGAUGGCAAAGCUGUGGACCCCCAGCUAGACCAGUAUAUCGUCCCCAAGGUGCAGUAUAAACUGGCAUGCCGCAAGUGUCAAGCAGUUUUCACCAAGGAAGAAGCGGCUGUUACCCACCUUAAAUCUAUGUGUUUUUUCGGUCAGUCUGUGGCAAACCUGCAAGAGAUGUUGCUGCGUGUCCCCGGUGGCGUAGGUGCAGGGGCUGGAAGUCUUUACGACUGCCUGGCUUGUGACACCACGUUGGAUGGGGAGAAAGCACUCAGUCAACACCUGGAAUCGGCAUUGCACAAACACAGAACAAUCAAGCGAUCAGCCAGAAAUGCCAAAGAGCACGCUACUAGUUUAUUACCUCACUCUUCAGCCUGCUUCCCCACUCCUAACACCGCAUCUACCUCGCAGUCUGCCACUCAUCCCAUCAGCAGCCCCCCUCCCCCGCCAACAACAUCAGCCACCAUGCCAUCCUCUGCUGUCUCCUCGUCCCUGUGCUCCUCCUCGACCACCCAACUCAAUACCACAGCUGCCGGCAAACCCUGGUCCCAGACCCCUUUCUCCAGAGCUUUAGCUGGGAAGCCCAAUGCCAGUCCCUCCUCUUCUUCCUCCUCUUUUCCUCCAGUGUCCUCACCUUCAACGGUUACCUCAAGUUCAUUGAGCACCUCAGGAGUUCAGACCUCGAUACCAACAGACGUCUUUACCGACGAGUCUGACUCUGACAGCAGUCAGAAGUCAGCGGACAGGCUGGGCAGGACGGCGGAGGAGCCGCAACAGCCUGGCUUUGUCAAAGACAGUAGUAGUUGUAGUAGUAAUCUUGGUAGUGUAGGAACAGACUCCAUCAGAUUGUAAAAGAGCUUUCAGUGAUGGACAAUAUUUAAAAAACACAAAAGACAAAAAAAAUCACAAAUGAAAAAAAAAUACAAAAAGCAGCGAUGUUAAAAAAAAUACAUUUAAAAGUAUACAAACCAAUUUCAGAAAAAGAUGUGUAAAGACUAACUGCAAUUCCAAAGCUUGUAACCAAAAAUUUAAAUGUUAGUGGAUUGUUUUCCCAUAUCAACAUGCUGGUUUUCUUUUUUUUUUUCUUUGUUUGUUUUGUUUUGUUUUGUUUUGUUUUUUUAGUUUUCCUUUUGUUUUCAAACAGAAAUACACGCAUACUAAUAUAUGAGAAUAGAAAAGAUCACUGCAGUUAUGUUUUGGGUAUUGAUAGAGGAAUGCUGUACUGUAUGGCAAUGGACUGCCUCAAAGUUGAUAAAUGGCCCACAAACCCUUUUGAUAAAAUACAAGUCAACAAGCUGUCCCUUUGUUUUGUAAUUAUUUCUACUUAAUAGCACAGUCACAAAAAGCCAGUAUGUACUGUAUGGGAGAAUAGUCUAUCAGUUUUCUUGCUAUUUAAGCAUUCAGAUACCAAUGGCUUGCAAAAGUAAAAGAAUAAUGUAAUGUCUAUUUUAUUCUCAGGUCAACAGCUCACAGAUGUUUUUCUGUUACAGAAAUCCAUGUUUUACACCUUUUGUUUUUAACAGGAGAUAAGCAUUGUGUUUUUUAUUUUAUUUUUUAUUUUUUAGUUAUUUUUCUUCAGAACUUGAUUUAAUAGAAAGUUUUAAGAUGAAUGAAAUUAUAAUCAAGGCAUAGUUUCUGGGCAUUCAAAAAGGGUAGAUGAUUUGCUGAUCUGAACAUUUGGAAUCCUUUUAAAGGGGGGGAAUUAGCAAUCCCAUUUUACCCAGACAAGGAGAGCAUUGCAGACAUGAUGAUGGGCGAUAAAAAAGAUUUUUGAUUAAAAAAAAAAAAAGAACCUUCUGUAUUUAUGAUAGAUAUGAACAUUUUUGGUGUUAAGUAGAUUGUUGCAUUGGAAAUGAAUUUAAACAGUAUGGUAGAUUGAAAAACUUUGUGUACAUUUAGCUUUUGUAUCGUCCAACUUUAAGACGCUUCAUUUGAUGUUGUCUUGGUCAUUCCGAUAGACUAGAUUAUGGACAGGUGACUUAUCUAAACUUUAUUUCUGUCUUAUUCUCAGCUUGUUGGGAAACAUUCACCCAAAUGCCCCUCCUGCCUUGUCGGGAGGGGCGUUCACCCAGUUCCCCUCCUGACAAGGCAGGAUCCUCUCUUUUAAAAUGGUUUGAGUUCUUUGGUUUGGUUGGUACGACGCUAACCAAAGUGAAAAGAUCCUGGGUGAUAUGUUGAAAAGUUUGAUUUUUUUGUUUGUGUUACCUUUGUGCACUUAUCACUGUCUGACUCCUAUUUCUCACUCUACUUGUUCCUCUCUUUUCGCACUUAUUUUCUCUGCUCUCCUGUGUUUGUAGAUAUGUACACUACAAAGCAGGCCUUUUGUUCUUCAUGUAGUGUGGCUACAGUCUUUUUCAACUUUAUUUUCAUUUAGACAUUUUUGUUGUCAUAAAUGAAAAUGAAAAAAGAAUACUAAUAAUAAUUCUCACGCUUUAAAACAAAAAGAAAAUCCAAAGACUAAACACUUUCACCAUUGGUGCAUAAAGAUGAGAAAAGAGGCUUCUUUAUACUUGAGAAUUUGUUGCUGUUUUUAGAGGAAAGAAAACAAAGUUUUAAAAGAUAAAGGAGUACGCAUCAGAGUUGCCGUUUUUGCUUCUUUGCAAGCAAACAGGUGGCUUUUUUACGUAAAUACCAAGAAUACCAAAAACCAAAAAGGGCCCUUGUCCUUGCAUUGUGGAGUAGCACCGUUACAGAGCCAUUGCAGUUUGUAAGAUAGAGGUUAUUAAUCUUUGUUUGACUUUUCUGUCACACUCAAAAGUCCAUUUUUUAAGAAAAUGUAUAAGGUCUGGUCUUCGAGGACAUACGUUUUGCUGCUAAUGUAGAAUUUUGAAAGAAAAAAAAAAGAGUACCUAGAUGCAUGCUCAUUUUGCUUUUGGCUAAGCUUUAACUAAAACAAACAAUAAACCAAUUUCUUGCCUCUGCGACACCUUUCUUUUCUUGUUGCAAAAACGGAACUUUGAAGACUGUGAAUAUAUGUUCCAAAGGACAUUUUGCCGAUUAUUUUUUUUUUUCUUUUUGAACAGACCAAUGUUUAAAGCCAAUGAUCUAUAACGUUUGUAAAGAACAGUGCAUUCCAAAUAUCACAAUGGAUUUUUCUUAAGCAAGGACUGAUCCUGUUUCAUUUAAUUGCUCUUAAUUGUCACAAUCUUUUUUUUUUUUUUCUCAUUUCUAAAGUGACUGUAAGCUGUUGUGUAAAUUUAGCAUCGUGGGUCACGAAACACAGUGACCUGGAUAUGUCAUUUUGUGCUGGCAUGGAACAUUGCUGAGAAUCUCUCCAUCCAGUCAAGGUUGUUGCUCACUUGUUAAGCAAGUAAUAGUGGUUACCAAAAAAAUGUAUAUAAUACAUCUGGUACUGAUGCGUCUCAUAGAUUUAGUAUCAUUAUGCCGCUCAACUCACAACUAGUCUCAGAAGGAAAUAAUGGCUGUUUUGCUGAGGAGUGGUUGCCCGCUUCCUGGGAAAUCCACUGGUGACUUGCCCCAUGUGUCUGCAGGGUGCCACUUCCAUGCAUUAAUCUAGAUUACAGGUUUUUAAGGGACAUCUUCAUUCCAAAGCAUUAUUUCUGGAAAAAGCAGGAGGUUUUUUUGGAGAUGUCCCUUGGUCUCAAAUAGUUAAGACGAGAUAUGUCACGCUUUCAUGUCCAAAGAAGUCACCCACUCCAUCUUAUUGCAAUGGAAAUGGAUGUGUAUAAGUAUCCCCACCCUCUCGCCGAGAAAUCGAUGAACUAAAAUCUUAUUUAAUUUCCUCACACCAAAACCAAGACAUGUUGACAUUGGUGGAGAACUGCUUUUCGGCCACUGUUGUAUAGCGAGUAUAUUUUUUGCCCUAAUGAAUACAAUGCACAAUCUCAGAAGUGUGUUAAAAGUGCGACGUCUUGCAGAGAAAUGUGAUUUGGGGUCAACACUUCAGCACGCUGUUGAAAUUCAGCUGAUCUGGUCUGCAAGCUUGCCACUUCUCUAAAGUCCGGUUAUCUGAAAUACUGUUCAUAUGUACUUUCUAAUUUUGGAGAAUUUUAAUGUUGUACAGUUGUUUUUUUCUUGAUUUUUUUUCCCGUUAUUUUAAUUUUCAGAUAAUGUCAGACAUGUAUUGUUAUUUUCUUAUAAGUAUUUGUAUGUUAUUUUAGUUCCUGUACAUUACUUUUUCUCAUAAAUUAACACUAGCUUUAAUUUGAAUUGUUGAAAUUAAAAAAAAAAGACAACUUUAUUCUAUGACCUGGCCACUUUAUGGUGUGAUAAUGUUCUUGAUUUUCAUUGUCCUUCCGACACUGUUUGAUCUCUUAUUUCCAAAGUGUAAUCUUUGUUUUUGGGGCUCUUUUGUGGAGGGCGAUGUCGACGCCUCCACAUCAGAUUCAGCCAGCAUGGACUGUGUGUGAGUUUGUAUGCUUGUGUGCGUGUUUCAUAAGAGCCAGCAUCAAUUCAAGAUUUUCUUUCUUUUAAUUUUUUUCCUUUCCUUUUCUUUUUUUUUUUAAACAUAUUAACACACCAAAACAAACUGAACCACAAAGCUGGACUAUGAAUUUCUGAAAUUUAGGAAAUCAAAUUUCAAAGAUAAUAAUCAAAAAUGAGGAGAACGAUGAUACCGAAGCACUGAGCAGUUUUCUUUUCUUUUCUUUUCUUUGAUUGAAUAUAUGAAUGUGGCCAAAGCUUUAUGCAGUUGAAACGAAAAAAGAAAAUAAUUACAAUUUGUGCCCCAGAUAAGUGUAUAUUUUAUUGUGGCACAAUAGGCUGCAGUGGAACUGGAUCCACUGACUUACAUUGGGAUACUUGAUUUUAAUGGACAUUUACAAAGAGAGAUAAAGACAAGGUUUUGCUGUAGAGGUCAUCUUUUGCCCACUGUGAAAACGAACGUGUACCUGUAUACAGAUAUAGAUAUAUUUAAAACAAGACAUCGACUUUUUUUUUGUUUGUUUAUUUGUUUGUUUUUGAGAUGAAGAAAUAAUGAAAAGGAGAAAAAAAAGGACUCUGGGAAGCUUUGGAGAUCUUGUUAGGAGGACAUGAAGAGGCUGUGGGCACACCAAAACUGGGCAUGGGAGCCAAAGGCAGGCUCGAAACAGCUUUAAUAUCACCUCCUUAUUUGAUUACUGACAACUCUGUAAUGGGAAAAGGACUCUGGAACCAGUGGACAUGUGUGACACACAGAGGAAAAGUCCUUCGAUGAAACUGAACUUAAGUGGCUCCAGCUGCCGCUUUCUCCCUUCUGUCUCUCUCUCUUUGUUUCUCCAGCUCUGCCUCUGCUUCUGCUCUUUGAUGGACAUUUUCCAACAUUUCAGGACAGGAUGGACAGAGAUGCUUGCUUCAUUUCUCCCAGUUCAUGUUGCUACCCGUUUUCAUUUCCUCGCGCUUGUCUCUGAUCGACAAGUGAAGCUCUCCAGUCAGAUGGCGGCUCCCCCCUCUCUCUGUUGGUUACGUCAUCUGAAAAGAGAAAUGAAUAACAGAGAGAGGGGAAGGGUUCUCUAAGCUCACUCUUAAAGAGGCAGUUACACACUAAAAAAAAAAAAAAAAAAAAAAAAAAAAGGAAAAAAAAAAAAAGCGUAUCAACCAAAAUUAACAACCAAACUAACAAACAACCAAACAACCAUUUGCUCCAACUUCAAAGACGAACUGUUACUUGGAGCUCUCUGUUCCUUUUGUGACUUCUGGUGCCACAAUGUUUUUUUAUGCUUUUAGUUUUUCUUCUUUUUUUUCUCUUUUUUCCUUUUUCUUUUUUUCUUUUUUUUUUUUGUUUCCUUGAAUUACUCCUCCUCCGAGCCUCAUAAGCAUGGCUCUGUGGCUCCAGGCAGCCCACCUGAGGGUAGAAAAAAACAGCCUUGCAAUGUACAAAAAAGAGCAAGUUAAACCAAAAAUGUUGUUCUUGAUGUCUUUUCUAUACUGUAGUCUUGUUAGCUUUUUUGUUACUGUAAUUAUAUGAUGAAGAUUUCCAAACUGUACCAAAUUACAUGGAAACUAACAUACAUAAACCACAUGGAACUUCAGACUUUUAAAGAAACUUUUGUCACAAAACCUUGUUGUCCUAGUUAAGUUGAUUGUAGAUGGUAAUUGAAUAUACUCCUUUGAAAAUAUUUCAUCAAGUAUGUUUCUUGCUCAUUGUGAUACAUUAAAAAAGUAUGAGCAUAA